AUGAUCAACGAUCAUUGCGGAACUCUCCUCUCAGAUUGCAUAAAAACCAAGAAUCUGAAGCUGGGAAGAGCUCUUCACGCCCACCUAAUCAAAACAGCUCAAAUCCUCGACACUUUCUUCUCAAACCGUCUCAUACAGAUUUACUCAAGAUGCAGCUCAUUAGCUUCUGCCGGAAAAGCCUUUGAUGAUCUCUCUUUCAAGAACACACAUUCCUGGAACACUAUGAUCUCCGCCUACUCUGAAGCGGGCUGGUUCGAAACUGCCCUCCGGCUGCUCGACAAAAUGCCCGAACCAAAUCUCGUCACCUACAACUCCAUCAUCUCUAACUUGAGUCGUAAUGGGUUUAGCCGAGAAGCCGUAAACUUGUUCAGAGGAGUACAGAGAAAGAAUCGGAGUGUUGUUUUGAUGGAUGAGUUUACUGUGGUCGGCUUAGCCCACGCCAGUGCUAGACUGGCUGCACUGGAGAUACUGCGCCAGGUGCACUCCGUGGCUCUCGUGAUGGGUUUGGAUUUUAAUCGGGUGGUCUGCAAUGCUCUGAUCGACUCUUAUGGAAAAUGCGGUGUUCCGGAAAGUUCUCACUGGUUAUUUAGUAGAAUGGAAGAACGGGACGUGGUUUCGUGGACUUCCAUGGUAGUUGCAUACGCCAGGUCGUGCAGGCUUGAUGAUUCUUGCCGGAUUUUCGAUCAAAUGCCAUUCAAGAACUCUGUUUCUUGGACGGCUCUCAUAACGGGCCUGGCCCAAAAUGGGGAAGGAGAAAGGGCUCUGUCCUACUUUAGAAAAAUGAUGCAUGCAAAUUCCGUUGCCGCUAAUGAUGUCACGUACGUUAGCGCUUUAAGUGCUUGUGCAGAUUUAGCUACCAUUGGAAGAGGCAAGCAAAUCCACUGCCGCCUGGUCAGAACUAAAAACGGUAGCAUAUUCGGUAAAGUUUUUCUAGUCAACGCACUAAUUGAUAUGUAUGGUAAGUGUGGAGACAUGAAAAGUUCGAUGAGAUUGUUCGAUAGGACCCAAGUGAAAGACGUCGUCACUUGGAACUCGCUGAUAAACAGUUUCGCCCAAAACGGUCGAGAAGAAGAAUCCCUCGCUGUUUUUGAGAAAAUGAUUCGGGAAAACGUGAAACCGAAUGACGUGACGUUUAUCGGUGUUAUGUCGGCUUGUAGCCACUCGGGUUUGGAAUCCAAGGGACUCGCGUAUUAUGACAUGAUGAUCAAUAAAUUUGGCAUUGUCCCACAUUCAGAUCACUAUGCAAUCAUCGUUGAUUUGCUCGGGCGGAAAAAUAGACUUAAUAAAGCACUGGAGAUUAUUGAGAAGGCUCCCGAUGGUUUUGACCGUGUCGGGAUGUGGGGUUCCAUUUUGGCAAGUAGUCGUGUGCAUGGGAAUGUGGAACUUGCGAGUAAGGCAGCUGCAGCUCUUUUCAAGCUGGAGCCCGAGAAUUCGGGAAGGUAUGUUAUGUUGUCGAAUAUUUAUGCGACGGCCGGUAGGUGGGAGGAUGCACGUGGGGUUAGGAGGGUUAUGAAUGAGAUGGAACUAAAGAAGGAUGUAGGGUGUAGUUGGAUCGAUUUUAGGGACGUGAGGUGUGUUUUUGUGGCUGAAGGUGAGUUGAGUCCGGAGCUGGAAGUUAUAGGAGAAGUGAUUUUGAAUCUUCUACGGCACCUUCGUGGAGAAGACCCUCCUGACGCGGCCCGGCCCUCACCUUGUGCCCUCUGUUCUGUCACUUCCUCUUAUAUGGCUCGCUCUUCUUGUGUUGCCGCGUCGGCCAUUUUGAUGGCGUUUCAUCGACGGGAGUGGGGGCUGCGGUUGCGGUAUCGGGUGUGCUGA